GAGACUUUGAGAAAGUUAUGGUAUAUAGUAUCUUUGGUUGAGCUCUUCGCAGACUAAAUGUCUGUUAGACGGGCUCUGGUGGAUUGUGCUGUAUUGUCUGUGCAAGAUGCCCGUGUGUUUUAUCCCUGCUGUAAAGGCUGCUUCUCAAGGAUUGAUGUUGAGCAGCAGGACACGACGAGAUACAGAUGUUCCAAGUGCGGUUACAGCUGUGUGAGGGAACGGGUCGAUUACAGAUAUCGUCUCUCACUGAGGGUAACCCGGGACAGAUGCAUAUUUGGAGUAACAGUAUUUGGAACCUGCUUGAACCCAUUCUUUGGCAUACAUGCAAGUGGAUUACAGAGGUUGGUGGAGAACACAGAUGUACCAGUUGGAGCAACAACCAGAGCCUCACUGUUGAUGAAGGCUGUCGAGGACUGUUUCAUUGGCAGACGUUUCAUCUUUGGUAUAAAGGUAACCGGAACAGAAAGUGGGCUUUGGUUUGGAGGACCUCUUGCAAAUGGCUCCAGCAGUAAAGACACUGCCCAGUUUAUCGCCAGUCAGAUGAUUCUUCCUAAAGCUACAGGCCUGAGAGGCUGCACAGUGGUCAGUUAUUAUCGGAUCCUUCUUCAGAAAGCUGCAGAGUAUGAGCUGGGAUCAACUGACAACAGCAAAACCUCCAGACCUCCAGAAACAACCCUGCUGCUGAUUACUCAUCAGUCUCCAGCCACCAGCUUCAAUAUUCCCACACUUUCUGCCUCGGGUCUUCUUUCCCCAUCUCCACAAAGAUCACAGCACCAAGACUCCACCCUUACUCCGACCCCUCCGUGGCAACAAUCACUCGGACUAGUUACUUCAUCCGCGGAGCAAGAAGAACGCUGCAGUACCCAGGUCAGUGGAGAUGAGAACAGCCAACAGACAGACAACAACAAAACACUGCAUCAUGUACACAGAGGCUUCCUGGAGAACCAUAAAGUCACAGAGGAGAGAACACUGUCACCUCUUCUUUCUUUAGAGCACAGUUCUUACAGUAGUCCAUCAUUUGCCAAAUACCCACACACAGCAGUUGUUGAAAACACCCCCAUCUUGAACACUUGGCUCACUCCCUCCCAGCCUGUCCAAAAAAGGGAUUUACCACUCGGCUCUAAGAUGAAGGGGUUUUCUACCAAACAACUCACUAAAACAUGCUUGUCAAGCUCCUUGGCUUGGGAGGAUUUGCUUUUCUCUGAGAGUCUUUCAGAGUUUUUGUGUGAGGAAAAAGAUUUUAACAUUAUUAGUGAAAUUGAGCCACAUCUAAAUGUUCAAAAUCAGAAUGAUGCAGUAAGAACCAACCUGGAAAUCAGAUCAGAAGACAAUAACUCAUCAAUUGAAUCGACUUCUGUUUGUGAAAGUAACACAAAGAUGACAAUUACUGGAUUACUGGAUAUCACUAAUACACCUGCACUGACCAAUGGAGGUGAGAGACAUGGUUUAUCUGACCAGUUAUGCAAGAACUCUGUUGGAUGUGUAAACAAGAGUCAAUCCAGAAGCAUUUGUUUCCACCAGUGUGAUCAGGAGGACGAAGAAGCUAGUUCUCUGUCUUUUGAAAACAAAGAAGAGCAGCUUGAAGAGGAUCCCUACGAUUGUUCCGCAGACCUAUUCAGUUGCUCACUCAUGAUCGAUAUGAACUCAAAGAUACUCGACACACAUGCAGGAACUGACACAACAACCACAGAAGCUUCCUCACUGCUUUCCAGUCCAGACAAACAGCACCCGAGGACUGAAAAGACUAGUGUCCCGCAUUCAACACCAGGCAAACAGAAACUGAAAAGCAAUAAGUGCAUUAAUAGAGACAGUUUAAUUCCACCAGGCGCACAAGACCUUGACUUCAUCCCUCCGAUUCAGUCCACCCCAAUUGUAAAAGUAGCUGUUGUGUCAGGGUCACCUGUCUCCUCAUACUUCUCCUCAACGUUAAGUGAAUUCAGUUCACAACCAGACAGUCAAGAUUUGUGUGCUUUUUACAGUGAUCUGCCUGAAAUAGGCAGUAAAAAGCCGACAGAAAUCAGCCCUUGUCUUUCUGAACUGAAAACUGUCGGUGCUAAACAGCUGCCUCGGUGUGGGAGGGAGUCUACAAAAGAAAACUGGGUGUAUAGCACAACAUCCAGCAGACACAACUACAAAUCUACCCCAAAGAGGUUCUGGAAACCAAACAAGCAUAAAAAUCGUCCGCUGGAUCAGCAGCACCUGAGGGUCCAGAGAGGGGCUCUAAACCUGGGUUCGAGAGUAAGGAUUAACCACAAAUGUGACUCAAGUAUUUGUGAUGUGACUGUGUGUGAUUAUGAGGACAAUGACACAAUUGUUCCUCCUACUCCUGCUAAAACACGACUGAGUGUGAAGCUAAGAAGAAGAAGGCAGGCUGAUAACCGCAGCAGUAAUUUGGAUUCUACGCCGAAAGUGCAGCAGGGAGAUGGAGUUAAUUGUAAAAGAAAUGUGUUGGAUCAACAUCCAUCAUCUCUCACAUCAUCACAGAGAGGCCUGGCACAAACAGGAAAUUGUGACAGUGAGAUAGUUAAUGAGGGGAGUCUGGAUGGAUCUAAUGGUUACCUCUUUGAUGACAUGAACCAGACAUGUGAUUGGUCUAGAGAUCUGUUUUCUAACUCAAUCUGAGAGGUUCUCAUGCAGAUAGACCAAAGGUAUUUAUGCCUCUGUGCCGGCGACAGCCAGUGGGCAUUACGUUUUCAGGUUGUCUGUCCAUGAAUGAAAUAUCUAAGUAACUUGGAGGAAUUUCUUCAAAUUUGGUACAAAUGUUCACUUGGACUCGAGGAUGAACUGAUUAGUUGUUAUUGGUCAAAAGUGAACGUCACUGCAACUUCACAAAAGCCUCUUGAAUGAAUAAAAGGAAAACAAUAAUAAAGACCACCUUGAGGGAAUUUCUUCACAUUUGAGACAAACA